UGGCCCCGCUCGCGGUCGACAAAACUAAUCCGGACACUUGGGCGCGGCUAAUUAGAAUACUGGCUGGGUCCGCCCAAAUGCCUUCACCCUGUGGCCUCUGACCCGGGAGGAUCCGCUGCUGGGUGGCCGAGUCUUCGCCGCUGAAUCUCGGGGGGCAGAACUGACGAGGGCUGCCUGCCCCACUCCGUCAUGGAGACCGCCGGCACCCCUGAGGCUCCGGGGACAGCUACACCUCAGGAUCACUCCUUCCUGGACCUCAUCUGUGACACUACUUUCCUUGCAGGCAAGUACAUUGCCUCAACACAGAGACCCGACGGGACUUGGCGCAAGCAGCGGAGGGUCAAGGAAGGAUACGUGCCCCAAGAGGAGGUCCCAGUCUACGAAAAUAAGUACGUGAAGUUUUUCAAGAGUAAACCAGAACUUCCUCCAGGCCUGAGCCCCGAGGCCACGACACCCGUCACCCCAUCCAGACCUGAAGGUGGCGAAGUAGGCCUCUCCAAAACAGCCAAACGCAACCUGAAGCGAAAGGAGAAGAGGAGGCAACAGCAGAAGGAGGGAGAGGCCUUGAGCCGGACUCUUGAAAAGGUAUCUCUGGGAGACACAGCCCAAACGCCCAGUGUCCUCCAAGGCUCCCAGGACGCCCCUCCAGCUGCCUCCGAUGCCUCCGACUCUGCCUCCACCACAGAGAAAGCCAAGAAGAUGAAGAACCUGCGGAAGAAGCUGCGGCAAGUGGAGGAGUUGCAGCAGCGCAUCCAGGCCGGCCAGGUCAGCCAGCCCAGCAGAGAGCAGCUGGAGAAGCUGGCCCGGAGGAGGGCUUUGGAGGAGGAGCUGGAGGACUUGGAGCUGGGCCUGUGAGGCUUCGAGAGUAGGGAGUGACUGCGGGAUAAACCAUGGGGUGCUCGGGGUCCAGGGAGUGUGGGCCGCAGCAGUCAGGAGGGCACCCCCACACUGGCUCACUUCCACCUGUGGCCAACUCCGUCCUCCAGAGCCGUAGGCUCUCCUUUGUUCCUUCCCCUUCUCAGCUCCAAAUUUUGGACUUUUCCCCCCACCCGUUCAAGUGUUCAAAUUCUCAGUGAUGACCCUAGGUUCUUCUGCUGCUGAUCUGGGUGUCUUGUUGAAAAGAAAACCGGGGGGGUGGGAGUUUGUUAGAGAUCUGAGGUUGAGGUACAGGAGUACCCCAAGUCUUAGAGUCUUUGUUCCUGUUCACAGUGUUUAUGAGUUACUCCCCUGGCCAUCCCGAAUCCACCUCCUUUUUUUUUUUUUUUUUUUUUUUUUAAGAAAGAAUAAAUUUAAGUAGACAGCAUGUGGUCAGGUAUGGCUCUGUUCUCAACUCUUGUCAAUUUGCUGAAAGAAGACACUUAAAUUAAGUUUAAAUUUGGUUCUGUUUUAGUUUUUUCAAGAGGUUUCUUCUGUAGUAACAGUGCUGACUGCCCUGGCACUCCCUCUGUAGACCAGGCUGGCCUUGAACUCAGAGAUCCGCCUGCCUUAGCCUCCCAAGUACUAGGAUUAAAGGCAUGCGCCACCACUGCCCAGCUUCAGGCUUAACUUUUUUAAUGGUGCUAGGGAUUGAAUCCAGGGCCUUGCACAUGGUAGCUCUACCGUUGGUCUAUAUCCCUCCUCCCUGAGUGCAGCUGGCCAUGGUAGUGAGCACCUGUAAUAGCACUCCGGAGGCAGAGGCAGGGUUGUUAGCAUUUCAAGACCAGCAUGCGCUGCAGGGUAAGACUAUCUCAACAAAGAGUAAUGUAUGACAAAAUUAGACCUCGGUAAAUGGAAGUUAGUGCUGUUAUCUGUGAAAUUUAGAACAAAAUUAACUUGACAUGAAUGUAUGUGUUGUGCCAGGAGUCUGCUGUACCUUCCUCGCUGCGUCUGAAGAUAAUUUUGAUUUACUUCGAAUGCCCAGAGUAGCUCUUGAAAUUUUACCUUGGAUGCUGCCUACGAUGACACUGGGGGCAAAGUCAUGAUGUGUGUAGACACAUCCAGGAGUUCUGCCGUUCUGUGUGUGUUUCACCUGUGCUGCACCUUUGGUUGUAGACUAGCGGGGAGGAAAGGGAGCGGCCUCAACCAUGCCUAGCUCUCAGGAAUUCAGGAGCCCCACAGAAACCAACCCUAUUAAAUCCUCUCCAAUCUUUUCUUGGCUUCUAGAUCUUUGGGAAUCCCUCCCUUGCUGUUCCCCUCAUCCUAAACAUUAAGUCACCCAUCUCUUGGGUGUGUAUGUACACGUGUGUGUCUGUGUGCCCACAAAUGUGGAGGAGCCAUGCACCCUGUUUUUUGAGUCUAGGGCCCACUGACUACUCGGCUGGCUGGCUAGUAAGUAUGUUCCUGCCUCCUUAGACCCCCGUGACCUCAGCCUCCUUAGACCAGCCCCCCAGGGGUGUCCUCAGCCUCAUGCUCCUCUUCCCUACCUGUAGAUGUAGCUCUCAGUGCUCUCUAUUGUGUUUAUUUGGUUUCCAGCCACCCCUCAGACCCGCUGCUAAACUAGUUGGCUAGUUUGAGACAGAAUCUCUGUGCAACCUAUGCCAACUUGGAACUGGAAUUCGCUGUGCAGAUGAGGCUGUGGUCCUCCUGCAGCUACUUCCUCAGUGCUGGGAUUACAGGUGCAGGCUACAGAACCUAGCAGUUCAAUUCUCAAAUAUCCAAUGAAAUAAGGCUCUGAACCAUGCAUAGAAAAGAACACAGGUGAUAAUAAAUACUUGACUGGAACCAAAAAGAGACCAAAAGCCCAGGUUCCCUUUAGUAGGAACCCAGGAAUUCGUUUAUACAUAGUUUCUGGUAUUGUACAUGUAUGACAAACAUACACAUCAUGCAUGGUUAAGUUCCUGAAGGGUAGAGCGGGGGUGAAGUUAGACAGCCGAGUGCUUACUUAGUGUAGAUGAAGCCCUGGACGUAAUUCCCAGAACAACAUAAGACAGGAUGGCACAAGCCUGCAGCCUUGGCAUGCCGGCAGCAGCGGCAGCAGGACCAGAAGUUAAAGACAUUCCCGGUGACGCCUGAGUCCUCACUGCUAGUGCCAGAGAAACUUAAGACAGUAAAGGUUGUUUCUAAGGAGACACACCUGCUUUGCUGGAUUCCGGGGGUAGUGAUCUGCUUGACCCCCAAGCUGACUUCAUCUGAGGGGGCAGAAUCUCAAGAAAACGCCUCCAUAAAAUUGGGCUGUUGGAAGGCCUUUGGGCAUUUUCUUUUUUUGGAUUUUUCGAGACAGGAUUU